AUGUUCAUCAAACAAAUCUUGGCCCAAGUUCUUAUGAUCGUAUGCGCUAUGUCAGCCUCAGGUAGUUUUCUACAGAGGCCUCAUCUACCAUUAGAGACUGAUGGAUUAGAGGCAAAUGGUCUACAUGGUACCAAUGGCAAGGAAAAGCAAUACUUGGAUCCUAUUAAUCCUGCACCUGAACAGCAUAAAAUCUGGGGCAAUGCAUAUGAUCAUAUCUCUCAAAAUAGGAUUUUGAAGAAGUUGAUGAAGGAUUACAUCCCAGAGGAGCCCUCCAAAGUCUUGGAUAUAAAGAGAAACUGGAAACACAAUCACAAAAAAUGGAAUGAGCUAUGUGAGACUUCAAACAGUAUAUUUGAAACUUACAAGGAUGUUGAAAGAGAACUCCAUUAUAACGUAAUUUUCUCAUUGGAUGAAAGUAAAGCAGUUCAUGGUAUUCAAUUAUCUUUACUACACAAACUUCAAGACAAGUUAGAAGGAUUUGAAAAGAUGAGGGCAUUUGAGAUAUUGGAUUUUUCUCCCAAUUCACCAUUACAGAAUCCAGGACACCAAAAGGCAGAAGAGUUCUUGCAGGAAACAAUCAGUUUUGUUACUCACUAUCUGGAAUCACUGAAUGUGCCUGAAUUUGUAUUUGUUGAUGAUCAAGAUGUUGUCAAGGCAUUCAAAGAACACAAUUCAUUCUUGAAGGUCGCAAGUCUCUUCAACAUAAUGAAUCUGGAGAAAAGAUUGGGAGUUGAUCUUUCGAGUGGAUUUCUUGAGCUUACUGAACAAUGGUUUUGGACGCUUGAUUUUGCUUUCUUUGGUGUGCUUGAUGGAGAAGUCAACUUGAGGAUUGAUAUAGAGUGCUUAAUUGCUUAUUUUAACUUUUAUUCCCAUGGAUAUCACCACCUUCUGAGCACUGAAGAACUCAAUGCUUUCAAUGAAAGAUUUGAUUAUCCCUUGAAAAUGUUGACUCAAAGUCCUGCAAUAUCCAAUCUUGAAAGAAAUCCAGAAGCAUCAAGACAUGAAGCUUUUCCCAUUCACCGUAAUGAAGGUAUGAAGGACUCCCCAGGCAAGGUCCACUCUGGUGAUGAUGAGCGGCAUUCUUUGUGGACAACAGCGGAUGAGCCAGAAGAAUUAGAAGGUGCUAGAAUGAUUGUGGAUCAAAUAUUCAAAAUCCAUUUGGGAAGAGAACUUGGAAGGGCAAUUGAGCCCAAUAUGGUCCUGAUUUCUAGGGCUCUGUGUGAGAUUUUGGAUCUCAUUGAUAGGAAGAUCUUCCCAGGGAUCCUUCAGGAAGCAUUAGGCCAUUUUGCAGAGAUUGAAGACAUAUAUAUUUUGCUAUUGUUAUCUUCCAGGAUCCAAUAUUGCCAUAAGAUGUGCAUUUCUACUGAACAGUUUAUGGAACAAUCCUCUGAUAAAGCUCUGCAAUCUUCUUUCAAGCAAAGAAUAGCUUCCUUCCAUGUCCAUUACCGAAAUCAGAUGAAGUAUCUCCAGGAUGAGUUUGAUAAGACUUAUUUUAGGAUCAGCCAACAAGAGCCGGGUGAUAGCUCCCCCUCGAUAGUAUUGGCCAGACUUCAAGAUUAUCUAUCAAAGAUGCUCAGAAAUACCCUGCCACCUACACCAAUUAAAACAGAUAAAUAG